CACCGGAAGUCAGCUGUCACCUUAAAGGGUGGUCAUUUAAAGAUGGCGGAGUGCAUGGCCGCACGUUUGGCUGCUCAGGAGGAGCAGAUACGGCUCCUCUCGGGAGAAAUAUCCUCUCUUCGGGACGGACUGAGUCAGGGUCUGGAUGCAGGUGUUGGUGCGAAGGUUUCCCCGGAGCUGGAGAGCCUGAGGACGGAGAAUGAGAAGCUCCGGUACCGGCUGCUGCACCUCCGGAGGGCUCUGAAGGAGGAGCCGCAGCUGGGGGGACAGAAACAAGAGAAGGGGGGAAAAGCUCCGGAGAAACACACCAACAAGGAGCAAAACAACAAGGAGAAGCAGAACAUAAACAACCGGGCUGAGAAAAACACCAACAAGGAGACUAACAACCGGGCUGAGAAAAACACCAACAAGGAGACUAACAACCGGGCUGAGAAAAACACCAACAAGGAGACUAACAACCGGGCUGAGAAAAACACCAACAAGGAGACUAACAACCGGGCUGAGAAAAAGGUGGUAACCGUGGAUACCAAAUCAUGUGACGGGAACAACAAGAAGGAGAAGAAGCCGGACAAGGGUCAAGCAAAGGGAGGCGUAAGAGAGCAGAAGUCGUUGCCAGGAUUCGUUGCAGAGCGCCUCGGUCUGUACGAGCAGCUGAAGAGGGAGAGUGAUGCUCUGCUGGAGGAGAGAGCGAAGAACAGUAAACCAAUCAGUGUGGAGCUGCCUGACGGAGGAAAGGUGGAGGCAAGAGCCUGGGUCAGCACCCCGUACCAGCUGGCCUGUAACAUCAGCCAGGGCCUGGCCGACAACGCUGUGAUUUCUCGUGUGAACGGAGAGCUUUGGGACCUGGACCGCCCGCUGGAGCACGACUGCUCUCUGGAGAUCCUACGCUUUGACAACGAGGACGCUCAGGCUGUGUAUUGGCACUCCAGUGCUCACAUCCUGGGGGAGGCGAUGGAGAACUUCUAUGGAGGCUGUUUGUGUUACGGACCCCCCAUUGAGAACGGUUUCUACUACGACAUGUUCCUGGAUGGACAGAAGGGAGUCUCCAGCACUGAGUUUGGGGACCUGGAGAGUUUGUGUAAGGCCGUGGUGAAGGAGAAACAGCCGUUUGAGAGGCUGGAAAUCAGCAAGGAGACGCUGCUGAAGAUGUUUAAGUACAACAAAUUCAAGUGCCGCAUCCUGAAUGAGAAGGUCACCACCCCCACAACUACAGUGUACAGAUGUGGGCCCCUGAUUGACCUGUGCAGAGGUCCUCAUGUGAGACACACAGGCAAGAUUAAAGCCAUGAAGAUCUACAAGAACUCCUCCACCUACUGGGAGGGCCGCUCCGACAUGGAGACACUCCAGAGGAUCUACGGGAUUUCCUUCCCAGACUCAAAGAUGCUGAAGGAGUGGGAACGCUUUCAGGAGGAGGCCAAGAACAGAGACCACCGCAAGAUCGGAAAAGACCAGGAGCUGUUCUUCUUCCACGACCUCAGCCCUGGAAGCUGCUUCUUCCUGCCCAGAGGAGCGUUCAUCUACAACAC